UGGGGCAAUGUCUGAGGGAAUAAUGGUUCCAGUGGGCACUGUGAAAACAGUAGUAACAGUCGUCUAAAUUUUCUCAGUCGUCAGCUGUUUAUAUAUGUUAUGUAGCGUGAAGUUAGUAGAAGUAGUUUCUCAGGCUUCCGUUUCGGAUGUCAUCUUAAUCCCCUCCAGCCACCGGAAACGCUAGAUAAAGCCGAGGUUGCAAAGUGCGUCACAACGCGGAGCUGCAGUCCAGCACCCAGAGAGUCUCUCCCCUGUCUUCCCUGUUUGCAGAAAGAAGAAAACCCGAGCUGACGUUUCCACUCCAGCAUGGUGAAGAUUGCUUUUAAUUCGGCCCUGGCGCAGAAGGCGCUGGGGAAAGAGGUGCCAGCCGGUGUGAAGGAUCCCGAGCUGGCCUCUGCUCCAGCGGGCAACGAGGGCUCCACAGGUCGCUGCCUGCUCACCCUGCUGGGUAUAGCCUUCAUCCUCAGCGGGCUCAUCGUUGGGGGAGCGUGUCUCUAUCGGUAUUUCACCCCAAAGAGGCUGUAUCACGGUGCAAUGCAGUUCAGUGACGUGUCAUCCGGAGCUGGAGGAGAGAACCAGCCAUACUACCUGCCACGGGUGGAGGAGGAGGUCGAGAUCUCUGACAGUAUGGCUGUCAUCAGCGUCCCACCUCCCCGCUUCAGACCUGGAGACCCUGCUUACAUCCUCCAUGACUUCAACAGGAAGCUGACAGCAUAUCUGGACCUGACUCUGAGGACCUGCUUUGUGAUUCCUCUGAACACCUCGGUGGUGCUCCCCCCUCAGGACCUCAUCGACCUCUUCUCCCAGCUGAUGUCUGGCUCUUACCGCAGCUAUUUGGUGCACGAGGACCUGGUGGUGACAGAGCGUAUCGAUGAUAUCAAGCCUCUGGGCUUCUACAUCCGCCGGCUGUGUGACGGGAAGGAUACAUACAGAAUGCAACGCCGCUCCAGCUUGCCAGGUGGAGGCAUCCAGAAGCGCUCUGCAGACGAAUGUUUCACCAUCCACCACUUUGAGAACAAGUUUGUGACGGAGACUAGGAUCUGCAAGGCUUGAUGGGAAAACAUGGGCAUAAGUCAGAAAGCGAGAGAGAGAGAGAGAGAGAGAGAGGUGGGGGGGAAGUAGGUGGGAGUAGGUGAAGGAGGGAACAGCUUUUAGCAGAAAGUUACUUUUGUAUAGAACUCCAGUUUUUGCCUCCCCUGCUUUAACCCCAGUGAUAAGUGAGUUUAAGUUACAGUGUUAUAUAGCCUAACCCCCCUCCUCUGCUGUAUUCCCCUGAAUCUGUAUAAGUCAUAGUGCGCUUGCGCAAAUGUUCACAAGUUAGUCUUGUACUGAUAACCAGCGUCAGCCUGCUUACUAAGAUAUACUAAGUUUCAUUUGUUAUGUUGGUUUUAGUUCUGUUGCUGUAGCUUCCUGCAGACUUACCUUAUCGCUGUAACUGUAUUACAACAUCCAGUCACUUCAAGACGAGAGUUGUUAGUCCUACUGAAUAUCCUAGUGAUACUGAGAAGUCAUUCAUAUCAGACCUGUUUGUGUUUCAGCCUGCUGUUCCCACUAGAGCAGCCUUAACAAGAUCUACUGUAUGUUAUAGUGUCAUAUAGCAGAAGUCACCCUGGAAAUUGUACCGUACAGUCACGGUGCACAUGUAAUGUGACUGCUUCUUUUACGGAUGGUAGCAGAGAUGCUCAAGCCCAGAGCUCUGUCACUGGUUUUGUAGAUAUUUCCUCUGCUGUCCUGCUGUGAUGAUUUUAUGUAAUUGAUGGUGUCAUAACCUGGCGGUGAACAGUCCAGCACCUUGUGUGACCAGUGUUUGUGUUUGUGUAGAAACCUCAUUUGUGACAAUAAACUUGAAGCACGGUUGAUAAGCUAAAGGGAAAUUGCACCAAAUUUGAUUAAGAAAACACGUAUUUCUUUCCGUCCGAGUUUUUGAAUUCGUAGUCCCAUAUCAUGAGAGUACCUUUACUGAGAUAGCUGUAACGAAUAGCUUACUAAAACUGGCUACACAUUUAGCAGAACACUAUAUAUUUAAAAUUGUCAAAGGGACAAUUUGUUUGUAAAAAAACAAACACCUAAAUCUGCACAAAGCUUUUGUCCUUGAUUUUAAAAGCCCUGAAGGAAAGCUUGAAAGUAUGAAGAAAAUGGCCUUUUGCUAAAUAACUUCAAGUCAUUUUCAAUGGUUUCCCUCUUGAUGCCUGCAGAGAAAGACAAUCAGACAGGAAGUGUGCUUGUAAAAAUGUAUUUCUGUCUGUUAUUUUUCUUCCCACCUGUUGCGUCGAGUCCCCCCUACUGUGAUUGGCUCCCUCGCCUCUGACUUAUACAUUCCUUUUCUAGUUCUUUGUUACUAAACAGGAAAGAUCUAAUGAGUCAAUUUACCACCCUGACAGCACACCACACUUCUGAGGGGCCUAUGUUAAGAUAAUGAGACUCGCUUUUCCCCCAGAUAAAACAACCAAUGGUAUUCUAACUGAAAUGCUUUAAUUUUGAAUAUUGCCUAUUCUGUUGUGUUUGACUCAACAGAUGGUUCAAGAUUGACUGUAAUUUAUUUUUUGAAUAAAGUAAGUGUUAUAUGAACAGUGGGUUAAAUUGAGUUGCACCCCCUGUGUACAUAUAAGGAUUUAAAAUAUAUUUCUAAUUAUAAUAUUAAUACAUUGUUAUCAACGUCACUAGCGCCACUGGUGUUGCCGAAUAUCCAAAAAAAAAAGCGAGUGAAGCUAGCAUCCAAUCACAACAACAUGUCGAAGUAACGAUCUAGCCAAUCACAGCACAGUACGGCGAUACUUGAUGCAAAACAGGUGGGGGAAAAAAUUCUGUCUUAGCUUUUUAACAAUACUAGAAGAUAAGAUAAAAAAAACAAUGUUGUGUGCAGCUACUGAAAUGAACUUCACUUUGUUGUUGAAUAAAGUUGCAUUUCUUUACUUAUGAAAA